AUGGACGGCGGGCCCGAAGACGUGGUUGGCAUUGCCUUUGACAAGGCAGCGCUCCUCCGCGCGCGCAUCCUAACGGUCCCCAAGCGCUACAUCGUCCUCCUUCUGCUCCUGCUGGCGACCGUGGUCUACUACCGCGACGCCCGCACCACCGAGUUCCUCACGCUCGCGCGGUAUCCGAUGCGGACCGAGUCGUGCUCAUACCUCUCGCCGACGUUCCAAGCCACUCUCGACGUGCGCGCUGUGCAUCCACCGCCACUCGUCUUGUCCAAGGAGCACGCAAGUGUCCUCCGCGGCGUGGCGGAUGCGAGCCUCCCGACGCAGCAACUUUCGUGGAAGGACUGCCUGCCCAUGCACUCGUUCGAGUGCGGGCUCAUGGCCGGCUCGGUUGACGCGCUUCUCGCGACGAGCGAGCGCAAGUGCCGGUCGUCCAUCUUGCACCACCUGCUGUCGGCCGCAACGACGGUGCUGGAACGCCACGGGUCCUUUGGCACGCCAAUUGGCGCCGCUCUGCAGCACAUUUACGAGUACGGCGCGCUUCCACCGAAUGCCUAUACGCUCAACGUGGCCACGGACGCAACCGAGGAUCUCACAUCGUCGUUCUGGGCCGACGGCUUUGCGCACUUUUACGACCCGCAGCUGCGCGCCCGAAUCACGUGCGUCGCGCCGCACCACGCGCUUGCAAGUGCCUUGUACGCGCCUGAGCUGCCGCUGGUCAUGGGUCCGGACAACGGUGUGCCGUACCUCCGGUUUGCGUCGUUGACGGCGGCGCCAAGCCUGCUCGGGGGCGACGACGAGACAGCGUACGUUCUCGACGGCAGCGCGCCGAUUGCGCGCCAUGAGCUCUUCCCGCUGCGCUGUCUCGGCCUCUACAACGUUGCGGUGCAGACGCCGCACUUUGCACCCGCCUUCUUCUCCGUCUUGCUCGACACCAACGCACCGUACGCCUUUGCGUAUCCGAGCGAGUCGUGCGAAGCCCAUUGCGACGUCGCCGCCCCCACCAAGCGCAUGCAACCGCGGCCCAAUCUCCCGCGCUGUCCGCUUCAAGACGACAGCGAUUUUCGCGCCAAAACGGCGAAGUAUGCGGCAAAGCAGGUGCCGCUGCUGCUCGCGCCAGCCCACGCCGAGAUCUUGGCGCCGUUCCGCAACGACGUGCCGCGCCUGCGUGCGGGCAAGCAAUGGACCUACUGCCUUCCGAUUCGCCCGCAGCAGUGCGGUGUCGGCCGUGGUGACAAGUCGUCUCUCUUCGAGACGCCGGCGGGCCGCCCAUGCCGCUCGGCCGUGCUGCAUAUGCUCAUGGAGGACAUGCUGACCGCGCUCAACGCUGAAGACCAAGUCGCGUUUGUCUACUUUGGCACGCUCCUCGGUGCGUGGCGCGACCAGGCCAUGAUCCCGCACACGCCCGACACGGACAUUAUUGUGCCGUGGGAGACGGACUGGGACCACCUCCAGGACGUCAUGUGGGCAAAAGGGUACUAUGUGUUUGAACGUGCGAUCCACGCCGCGUGCGUCGCGCCCCACCACCCGCUGGCGCCGCUUUUGUAUGCCCCCGCGUCGUCGCUCACCGACUCGCCUGACCACGGAACGCCGUAUCUGGACCUGUACAUGUGGCGCGACGACGGCGACCAGAUUUAUGUGCAAACGGCCGAGAAGCACCUGCCACCGGCGAUGAUGUUUCCGCUGACGUGCGACGCGCGCAUUUUCGCCAGCCGCGUGCCCAGCAUCCAGUUUCCUGAAGGCAUGUUCAUGGCCGAGUAUGGCGCGUCGUACGUCAAGGACACCAAGCUCCUCUUCAACAAGUGCGAGUCGUACUGCGACGACGAGACCUAA